AUGUUGUUGGAUCGAAUUCUCAGUCUUAAAGAAUUCUCUGGGUUCAUAAUCAUAGAGGACACGAUCUUACAAUCGGGUCGUUUGUUGAUAAAAGAGUUCGUCAAAAGCAUAACGAAAAAUGAUAAGCGUAACUUGGUAAUUCUUUGUGUUGAGUCGUCUCCUCAAAGUUUCCUCGACAACAUAACAAUCCAGCAAAGAAUUGUCGUCGUGGACGCGUAUUCACGGAUAGGAGGGUAUGACAUGGACGAUGAUGAAUCGAGCAAUCCAAACGUACACUUCAUAAAAAGUCUGAACAAUAUUUCCGAGAUCGCAACGCUUGUUCAAAACCUUAUCAACGAAGGCAAAUAUCAUAGAUCAGAAUCGCCUAGUCCGAACAAUGCCUAA